AUGACUGUAGGCUGGUCUACAGCUGCCUCGAUCCAAAGAGAAGGCUUGUGGUUGGUUCCGAGACAGUGGACUUCUGGAAUGCAAGCAGCCACACCCUUGUUUUUUGUAGUCAUGCUCCGCCCAUUAGAAACCUUCCCGGGAAAAAAGGCGCCAAAGUUUAACCCUUUUCUUACCACACACAUGGCGGCAGCUGACUCCUUCUUCUCAAGUCUCAUUAAAGAUCAAAAGUCACUGUCUCCAUUCUGUCUCGUACACAGUCUACAAGGAAGACCCUGUCCCUCUGAUGAUGGAGGGGAGGGAGAGAAGGAGGAGGAGAAAGAAGAAGAUAGACUAAAUUUGAGUGUCUCGCUUUUUGAAAGUCCCCAUUCAAAGCCACCUCCAUCUACUGUCCAGCCAAUUAGAACACCAUCGAAUAACGUUGCCACACCUUUGACACUUCAAGUCGAUUGUGUUGAUAGGGUGUGGUCUCCAGCUAUGGCCACACCCACAUCAAAGAAGUCUCAUUUUUCGUCGAUUAGCGAGUUGGGAACUAGCUGUAGCUCAAUUGACCAAUCAGAGAGAGAGGAGAAGGAGAAGAGAGGAGAGAGGGAGAUUAGGGAACGUGCUAGGAAUCAAGGAUCAGAAAUAAUAGUUCGUAGGUUAUUUCAUAGCCAGCCCGAGGCCACACCCAAUUUGCAUGAUGAUUCAAUCAACAAAAAUGAUGACAUUAUCUCUGACGUUGAUCUAAACCACACCCACAACA